CUCACAGCAUAGGAGCAUUAGCAUACCUUCCAGAAUCAGCUCACUGACAUAAAUCAGUCACAAGGAACACGUUGCUCGGGAUGACGAAAGUGGCCAUUGUAACUGGCGCGUCCUCUGGUAUUGGAAGAGCGAGUGCCAUCGCGUUAUCCAAAGCGGGAUGGUCCAUUGUCCUCUUUGCUAGGCGCAUCGACGACCUCAAUGAGACGAAAUCGCUAUGUAUAGACUCCGAGAAGGUUCAUGUCGUCCAGGGCAAUGUCACUGAUGAGGAAGACGUGGCGAAACUUUUCCAGACUACGAUCAAUCAUUUCGGCCGUCUGGAUGUUUUAUUCAAUAAUGCAGGCAUCAGCGCGCGCGCGAUUCCCAUCGAAGAAAUGCCGCUAUCCCAGUUCCAGAACAUCGUCAACGUAAACCUCAUCGGCAACUUUCUCUGCACACGCGAGGCAAUCAAAAUCUUCAAGUCGCAAACACCCCAAGGUGGACGCAUCAUCAACAAUGGCUCGAUCUCCGCAUAUACGCCGCGCCCGCAUUCAGCGCCGUACACUGCGACCAAGCACGCGGUGCUUGGAAUGACGAAGUCCACUCUUCUCGAUGGCAGGAACUUUAAUAUCACCUGUACCCAAAUCGAUAUCGGCAAUGCGCAGACCGACAUGGCGGGCAGCCACUCCGGGGGUGCGUUGCAGCCAAACGGGCAGGUCGUGCCCGAGCAUAUGAUGGACGUCACGCAUGUGGGAGAGGCGGUGGCCUACAUCGCUGACUUACCUCUCGGAGUGACGGUGCUGACCUUCAAUAUAAUGGCUACGCGCAUGCCGUUUGUCGGGAGAGGAUGAUGUAAGGCCAAAGGCACAGUAACUUGAAAGAGCACGUGUACUACCAUGACACCAACCCAUGUGUAGUGUCACCAGAAUUGAGUCGCUGCAUCUCGUA